GUGUCAAAUUCUCAUCUUUUCAUCAUAUUUUCUUGUUAUAGUUGUUCUGCUUUCAAUAUUCAGCAAUAAAAGUCAUUUCAUUUUCCAAUCACUGUACUUCUCAUUCUUCAAUUUGCUGUCAUUUAGUUCCUCUCUUGCUAUAUGCAUAAACACCAUUUUACACUUGAUCCACUUUUAACUUAUCAUUUUGGUAUCAGAGCUGUGGUUGUAGAAGGCUUUGUUUGUGCUGAUCAUUAUGGCAGGAAAAGGUGGUGGUACAAAAUUUGAGAUUUCACAUUUUGAUGGAUCAAAUUUUGCACUAUGGAAAUUGAAGAUGCAUGCAGUGCUCGUGAAGGAUGGUUGUGCAGUUGCUCUCUUGCCAAGAGAAGAGAAACUCGAAGGAAUGACGGAUAAGCAAUUCUCUGAGAAGGACGAGAUGGCCUUGGCAAAUUUGCAACUGGCGCUGGAUGACAAUGUUCUGUUCAAUGUAGAGACAGAGUCAACUGCAAAAGGGCUUUGGGAAAAGCUUAAGAAUAUUUAUGAAGGCAAGUCGUUGGCAAACAAGAUUUUUCUAAGGCGGCAGCUUUACAACUUGAAGAUGAAAGAUGGAGGGUCAGUACAAGAGCACCUCAAUGAAUUCAAUUCCCUUACUAGUAAGCUUCUGUCUCUUUAUGUUAAAAUUGAUGAUGAAGAGAAAGGAAGUAUCUUCCUAUGUUCUAUGCCUGACUCUUGGGAUAACCUGAUAAUGAGUUUGAGCCAUGUGAAGGUUCUUGAUAUGGACUCUGUUGUAGCAUCACUAUUAACUGAGGAGAUGAGGCGAAAAUCUAGCCAAUCUAGUCCUAGAGAUGCUAUGCAUGCAAGGAAGGACUGUAGAGCAAAGAGAGGUGAGGAUUCCAGUACUGACAAUUUUCAAGGAAAUCUUGUGCAGAGUCUUGAUUUUGCAGAAGACGGGGAUGCCUUGACUGCUACAAAAUGUGUGGAACUAUGCAAUCAGUGGAUUCUUGAUUCAGUGGGAAAAGCUAAUGUUGCAAGUACCAAGUUUGAAUCCUCUUCUGUUUGGCACAAACGGUUGGGACAUAUGAGUGAUCGUGGGCUUCAGGUACUAUCUGAUCAAAAACUUCUUCCUGGUUUCAAGACUGACUUAUUAGGUUUCUAUGAAGAUUGUGUGUUUGGAAAACAACAUAGGCUGUCUUUUUCUUUGUCAACAAACAGAAGCCAUAAAUUCCUUGACUUGAUUCAUGUUGAUACUUGUCAAGUACCUGCUGUUUCUAUUGGUGGGUGUUCUUACUUUGUGACAUUCAUUGAUAAUUUCUCCCGAAAGGUAUGGAUUUUCAUGCUCAAAAGGAAAUCUGAUGCUUUUGAAAAAUUCAAAAGUGAGCAUGGUAUUAAGAGACAUCUUACAGUACCAGGAACACCACAACAGAAUGGGGUUGUUGAGAGAAUGAACCAGACUCUCAUGGAGUGUGCUAGAUGCAUGAUGAGCACUGCAAAAUUGGGGAAGGAAUUUUGGGUUGAAGCUGUUAACACUGCAUGCUAUCUAAUCAACCGCUCACCCACUGUUUCUCUCAAGAUGAAAACUCCAGAGGAGGUUUGGUCUGGUAAACUUGCAAAUUAUUCUUUCCUUCGAAUAUUUGGAUGUGAUGCUUAUGUUUGGGUGCCUAAGGAGAAAAGAACCAAAGUUGACAAAAAUUCAAAAAGAUGUAUUUUUCUUGGCUAUGAGAUAGGUACAAAGGGGUAUAGAUUGUGGGAUCCUACUGCCCGCAAGCUUAUUAUUAGCCGAGAUGUGGUUUUUAAUGAAGAUGUUUUUCAAGGCACAACUAAAAAGGAAGAAGCAAGGAAGAUUGUUAUUGAGCAAGAAGCUAGUUUUGAUGAUGUUGUACAGGAGGAAAAUAUUCAAAAUGAUCCUCAAUAUGAGUCUGAGCCUGAGUUUGAGCUUUUACAUGAAGGAACUUCAUCUGGUGAUGCUGUUUCGCCUCGACCUCGAAGGGCCAUUAGACCUCCAACGAGGUAUGAUGACUAUGUUACAUCUUUGAAGCCUCAAUCUAAUUAUGUAUGUGCUUAUCUUGCUUUGUCAGAAGAACAUGAGCCAACUUCUUUCAAAGAGGCUUGUGAGUCUGUCAAUUCUGACCAAUGGCGAGGUGUAAUGGAGGAGGAGAUGGAGUCUUUGCACAAGAACAAAACUUGGGAUCUUGUUCAGCUACCAGAAGGUCGAAAGGCAAUUGGAUGUCGCUGGAUAUACAAGUUGAAGAAGGACUCAGAAGGGAAUAUAGAAAGAUACAAAGCCAGACUUGUGAUUAAAGGGUAUGCCCAAAAACCUGGUAUUGAUUUUGAUGAAGUUUUCUCACCAGUUGUUCGUAUGACUACUAUUAGAGUUGUUUUAGCUCUUGCUGCUUUUCUUGAUCUUGAGUUAGAACAACUAGAUGUCAAGACAGCUUUCUUGCACGGUGACUUGAAUGAAGAAAUUUAUAUGACACAACCUGAAGGCUUUGUUGAAGAAAAUAAUAGAAGUUUGGUUUGUCGGCUGAACAAAUCGCUUUAUGGUCUGAAACAGGCACCUGGAUGCUGGUAUAAGCGGUUUGAUUCCUUUAUCGUGAGCUUGGGAUUUCAUAGAUGUGAAGUUGAUCAUUGUGCUUAUUUUUGUGAUUAUAAUGAUGGAUGCUUCUAUAUCUUGUUAUUGUAUGUAGAUGACAUGAUUAUUGCGGGAAAUAAUCCCACUUAUGUCUUUACAUUAAAAGCUCAACUUGCUGGGGAAUUCGAUAUGAAGGACUUGGGAGCCAUGAAUCAAAUUCUUGGGAUGAAGGUAUUUAGAGAUAGAGAGGACAUGAAGAUCUGGUUGAAUCAAAAGAACUACAUAGAAAGGGUUUUGCAGCGCUUCAAUAUACAGAAUGCUAAACCAGUGAGUACCCCCUUUCCUGUUCAUAUUAAGCUGUCUUCAGAAUACUCACCCAGCACUGAAGCAGAGAAGGCAGCGAUGCCGGACAUUACACAAGCAGUGGGAGCUGUUAGCAAAUACAUGGCAAAUCCUGGUCGUGUUCAUUGGGAUGCAAUGAAGUGGAUCCUUAGAUAUUUAAAGGACACUUCAAGUGUUUCAUUGUGUUACAAGUCAAUGGAACCCGAUUGUGUUGGUUUUGUUGAUGCAGACUUUGCCGGAGAUAGAGAUAAAAGAAGAUCAACUUCUGGUAAUGUCUUUAUCAUGGCGGGUGGUGCAGUUAGCUGGGAGUCUAAAUUGCAACCGGUUGUAGCCUUAUCAACAACAGAGGCAGAGUAUAUCUCUAUCUCUCAUGCUUGCAAAGAAGCUAUUUGGUUGGAGAGGUUGCUUGCAGAAUUUAAAAUGAAGCAAGACACGUUUUCUAUGCAUUGUGACAGUCAAAGUGCUUUGUUAUUGGCUAAGAAUCCAACUUUUCACUCUCGCACAAAGCAUAUCGAUGUCUGCUAUCAUUUUGUUCGACAAUUAGUUGAAGAUGGGAAGAUACUUCUGCACAAGGUUCACACAAGUUCAAAUCCAACAGAUAUGUUAACAAAACCAGUGGCCCGUGACAAGUUCAAUUGGUGCAAGUCUUCAAUUGGACUUGAAGAAGUUUGAUUCCUUUUUCAUUUUUCUGUUUGUUUUGUUUCAAGAAACGUGUCUUCAAGUGGGAGAUUGCUGAAGACCAAGUCAAAUAAGACUGUUAGUGGAGUCCUAAUAAAGUGGAGCUGCUGGAGCAUACUAGAUUUUUUAUCUAGUAUGAAGCCACGUUUUUAGUAGAGAGUUACAACAAACUUCUGUUAUUUUGCUGUCUAUAAAUAAGGAGAAUGACCAGUUGCACUGUGUGUCAAAUUCGCAUCUUUUCAUCAUAUUUUCUUGUUAUAGUUGUUCUGCUUUCAAUAUUCAGCAAUAAAAGUCAUUUCAGUUU